AUGGAUAAAUUACCAAUUGGUUAUAUCAAAGGCAAGGGAAAUGUAUACAUUCAUUCUUACACUCAUCUAGCCUUUAGAUAAGAAGGUGCCCAGAAAUAAAAAAUAUGAUUAUGUCAAACAAACCCUAAACACUGGACCAACUGUUCGGGAUAUUGAAGUUAUCAGCAAUGCAACAAUAGCAAAAAAGAGAUCUGAGAUAUUCAAAAGAAUUAAAUGUUCCACUUUGCUCAAACUGAUUAGUGUAAUAAUUGCUUAAUUUCUAGGAAGAACCUGCACAAGAAUCAAUACAUAAUAUCAUCGAUCAAUAAGAAUAAGAUCAAUUGAAAUAAUUUGAUGCUUAAAGUCAAUACAGUUAGAAAACAAGAUUCACUGAAGUCUCACAGGUUUCAGCAAUUACUUAUGCCACUGAAUAACUGGGUCUCACCGAUUAAUCUGAAUUUCUUCUCAUUGAUUUAAGAGAUCAAGACGAAUUCUAAAUGUAUCACAUUAAAGAGGCUGUCAAUUUUCCUGCUCCUUUACUUCGACAGGAUAAGUUAACUCAAUAAAUGUUUCGAUUUGUAAGUGUCUUAUGAUUUAUCAUUUCUUAGAAAAAUCAAGUAGGCAAAUUAAUCAUCAUUUAUCAUUUUGAUGAAAAAAAUGGCAUACCAUCAGCAACACUCUUUGCAGAAAAAGGCUUUGAGAAUGUUUACCUUCUUAGUGGAGGAAUAGAAAAGUUUCUCUAAAAUUAUCCAGAAGCAGUUAUCGGAACUAAAGUACCCUCAUUUCCAAAACCGGAAUGUAAAUAUUAAUAAAUAUAUGUAGAGAACCAGAACAAAAUUAUAAAGAGAUCAAAUUAUAAAGAAGGUGAAUCUUAGAUAAAUAAAUCAGAAAAAGCUAUUAGUGACACGAAAUCAUAAAUUAGUUAAAAAUCUAAAAUUACUAGAUAAUCAAGUGCUUAAAGACAGCAAUAAUAAUAAUAGUAGUAGCAUUCAUAAUUCAUAGAUAAAUGA